AUGAGCACCCUCGGCUUCGACGAUGCGGCCCUGGAAGGGCUGUCGCCGUCCCUCGGCCUCUCCGGGGCCAGCGACAUCGACACGGCCCUGCUCAGCGACAUUGACGACAUGCUCCAGCUGAUCAACACACCUGACAAUGACUUCCCGGGGCUCUUCGACUCACCCUUCGGUGCCCCUGACACCACCAUGCCACCGGGGCUGCCCCCGGCGCUGCCCCCAGCUCCAAGCACCCUUGGCGCCUACAUGGGGCCCAACAAACCUCCCCCUGCUCCCCCCACCGGCAGCGUCUACCCAGGACCCCCCGGGAUGGCGACCUUCACCCCACAGCCCCCCGCCCCGCUGCUGCCAGCACCGGCCCCAGGUGUCAAGGAGGAGCCUGUGGCUGUACCCAGCAGCCAGCCCCAGCCUGGUGUCAUGCUGGCCCCCAGCUUCGUCCCUGCAUCUGCCAACCAGUUCAAGUCCCAGCCCCUGGGGGGCUACCAGAAUCAGCACAGCUUCUCUGCUGUGCAGCCUGGGGGUGCAGGGCAGACCGUGCCCAGUCCCCUGCCAACAUCACAGCCAGCCCAGCCUGUGGCACUGCCUGGCCCAGUGCAGAGCGUGGCACCUCAGCAGCUCCUGGCCUCUGCUGCCCCACAACCCAUCUCAUCCCAGAUCCAGCCGGUGCCGGUCUUGCUGCAGCCCCAUUUCAUCAAGGCUGACUCCUUGCUGCUGACAGCUGUCAAGACAGACGCUGGCAGUGCCAAGAGCUCCAGCAUCACCUCCCUGGCCACCACCACCAGUGGCUCUGCCACCCCACUGCAGGCCCUGGUGAGCGGAGGAACCAUCCUGGCCACGGUGCCGCUGGUGGUGGAUGCCGAGAAGCUGCCCAUCAACCGGCUGGCACCCAGUGGGAAGCCGGCACUGGCGCAGAGCCGGGGGGAGAAGCGCACGGCACACAACGCCAUCGAGAAGCGCUACCGCUCCUCCAUCAACGACAAGAUCGUGGAGCUCAAGGACCUCGUGGUGGGCACCGAGGCCAAGCUCAACAAGUCCGCAGUGCUGCGGAAGGCCAUCGAGUACAUCCGCUUCCUGCAGCAGAGCAACCAGAAGCUGAAGCAGGAGAACCUUGCUCUGAAGAUGGCCGUGCAGAAGAACCAGUCCCUGAAGGACCUGGUGGCCUCCUGCAGCAGUGGGGCCAAGGCGGAGGCCCCCAUGGAGGUGGUGAAGGCGGAGGUGAUGGAGAUGUUGACCCCACCACCCUCGGACGUGGGAUCGCCGUCCCACAGCAGCCUGCUUUCGCUCAGUGGGACCAGCAGCAACAGCAGCAGUGACUCGGAGCCUGACAGCCCCCUCUGUGAGCAUGACAAGAUGAAGCAGGAGCAGCCUCCACCCUCGCCCAGCAGCCAGGGCAUGCUGGACCGCUCCCGCAUGGCCCUCUGCGCCUUUGUCUUCCUCUGCCUCUCCUUCAACCCCCUGGCCUCCCUCCUCCGGGGCUCUGGUGCCCCAGCCCCUGUGGGAAACCCAGGCACCAAGAGGUCACAGGGUAGGUCUGAGAUGGGAGAUGAUUCGGAGGAGCCAUGGACGUGGUCACAGUGGCUGUGGCCCACGCUGGCAUUCUGGGCCCUGAACACGGCGCUGGUGCUGGGGGCGGUGGUGAGGCUCUUCGUUUUCGGGGAGCCUGUCACCCGCCCCCACUCCGAGCCCUCUGUCCUCUUCUGGCGGCACCGUCGGCAGGCUGACCUCGACCUCGACCGGGGGGACUUUGCCCAGGGUGCCCAGCACCUGCGGACGGCGCUGGGGGCACUGGGCCGCCCUCUGCCCGCCUCCCACGGGGACCUGGCCUGCAGCCUGCUGUGGACCCUGCUGCGGCACCUGCUGCAGCGCCUCUGGGUGGUUCGCUGGCUGGCUGCCCGCGCAGGGAGGCUGCGUCCCGACCCCCCACCCCCCGCCCACGUCCAGCAGAGUGCCCGCGAUGCCGCAAUGGCCUACCACCGCCUGCACCAGCUGCACCUCUCAGGGAAGCAGGCUGGGGGGCACCUGCUGGCCAUCAACCUGGCACUAAGCGCCGUCAACUUGGCUGAGUGUGCUGGCGAUGCCAUCUCCGUGGCUGCCCUGGCUGAGAUCUAUGUGGCAGCUGCCCUGCGGGUCAAGGCCAGCCUGCACCGCUGCUUCCACUUCUUGGCUCGACCCUUCCUCUGCAGUGCCCGGCGCGUAGCUCUGUCCCAUGCUGGGGCUGUGCCCCCGGCCAUGCAGUGGCUUUGCCACCCCUUGGGCCACCGCUUCUUUGUUGAUGGUGACUGGGCCGUCAAGGGCGUCCCAAGGGAGACCAUCUACAGCUCUGCUGGCAACCCAGUGGACCCUCUGGCGCAGGUCACUCAGCUCUUCCGUGAGCACCUUCUGGAGAAAGCCUUGUGCUGCGUGGCCAUGCCUGAGCCUGGCCGCCCUGCUGCCCAGAGUGAGGGGCGCUUCUCCCGUGCUCUGGAGUACCUCCAGCUCCUCAAUGGAUGCUCUAAUGUCAGCGGCACACCCAGCCCCACACCCUGCAUCAGCUCAGGCUUGGCUGCUGUCACAGGCACCGACCCUGUGUCCAAGUGGUGGGCGUCCAUCAUUGGCACAGUUAUUCACUGGCUGCAGGGGGACGAGGAGGGGGCUGAGCGUCUCUACCCGCUGGUGGAGACCAUGCCCCGGGCACUGCAGAGCUCUGACAAGCCCCUGCCCCGCGCUGCCUUGCACUCCUUCCAAGCCAUCCGGGCCAUGCUGAGCAAGCAGGAUGGGAGCCAGGCCAGUCUGAACCACUGUGAGAAGGCCAGUGCCUGCCUACGGGAGAGCCUGGAGCUGGGCAGCCCCACCAAGGGCACCAUCGACAAGGCGGUCCAGUUCUUGCUGUGUGACCUGCUCCUGGUCACCCGCACCAACCUGUGGCAGCAGCAGAUGACGGUCAGCCAGCAGCGCAGCUGCCUCUACCAGGCCUCUGCCCUGGAGCUCCGCGGCUUCCAGCAGGACCUCAGCAGCCUCCGGCGCCUGGCCCAGACCCUCCGCCCUGCCAUGCACCGGGUUUUCCUGCACGAAGCCACUGCCAGGCUCAUGGCCCGGGCCAGCCCUACACGUACCCACCAGAUGCUGGACCGCAGCCUGCGGAGGAGAGGGGUGCAGGGAAGCAAAACAGGUGGGCCACAGGCUGGUGAGCCGGAGAGCCACCCCACACCACGGGAGAAUGAUGAAGCUCUGCUCCUGGCCUGCUGCUACCUCCCACCCAGCUUCCUCUCAGGACCAGGCCAAGGCGUGGGCAUGCUGGCCGAGGCUGCCCGCACCCUGGAGAGGCUGGGCGACAAACGGACACUGCAUGACUGCCAGCAGAUGAUCAUCAACCUGGCCAGCGGCACUACUGUCACGUCAGGCUGACCAAGGGCACGCUACCAGCCCUGCUCCUCGCCUGCCUUGG